AUGGCUCCCCAAACCCACUUUCUCGAGGGCAAGAAGAUCAUUGUCGCGGGCGCUGGCAUCGCCGGAUCUACCUUUGUCGCCGCCUUGUACAAGCUCUGGGACCCAACGUUGAGCUUUCCCGAGAUCGCAGUCUUUGACCGUAGCCUGAGAGAACCCGAGAGGGAGGGCUAUUCGCUGUCUCUCAACGGCGAAAACGAACAUGGAGGACUAGUCGCAUUGCAGCAGCUCGGGGUGUUGGACGACAUUCUCGAGCAUACCAUCUUCCCCCUCAACUCUGGAAGGUUCAAAAUGUGGGACAGCAAGUGGAGCGAGCUUAUUUCCCUUCAGCUGAAGCCCUUUGGAACCCUUCCGACGGGCACGAUGCGUAUUGCGCGCAAGGAUCUGCGGCGGAUUCUGGAGGAGAAGGCAGGACAAGCAGAGGCAACCUUCCACUGGGGUUUCGCCUGUACUACUGCAGAGAAGCUCGAGAACGGCCGAAUCAAAGUCACAGUCGCCAGCGAAACGGGCGACACCUCGGUGCACGAAUGCGACCUUCUCAUCGCUGCAGACGGCGUCCACAGCAAGAUCCGGGGAAGCUUUCGCCCCGACGACAAGACCAAAUAUGCCGGAGCGGUCCAGAUGGGAGGCCAGAGCAGCUUUCCCAAUGGGCUCCCCAGCCCAUUAGAGCAGAACUGGGGCAUGAUGCUCUCUGGUCGAGGCGUCAGCUGCUUCUUCUCAGCCGUGGACAAGGAAAAUGUGGUUUGGGGGCUUAGCCAGCGCGAGCCCGAACGCAACGACUACUAUCCGCGAGCCGGAGGGCUGACUGCCGACCAGUUAGCUGCGCUCAAAAAAGAAGCGAUGUCGCUCGGGCACAUAUUUGCAGAGCCCUUCCGGACCAUCGUUGAGGCCACAGAUGCUGCAAGGGCGUUUAUGGUGCCUGCCCGAGACAAGGAGCCUAUCGUCCACGGCGCCGGUCUCGCGGGUUUGGUCUUCAUUGGCGACGCCAACCAUGCCGUGAGCCCCUUUGCGGGCAACGGCGCCAACCUGGCGCUCAAGGACGGAUGGGACCUUGCAGAGGCACUCUGCCGGGCGGCGUCGCUGAACGCAGGAGUUGCGGCCUACGACAAGACCAGCCUGCCUCGCGCCGCCGAAACACUCAAGAUGUCGCAUGACCGCAUUUCCAUGGUGCAUUUGACGGGAAUCAAGCACAAGCUCUUCAGGGCAGGGCUCGCCACCGGGCGUCUGUUCCUGUCGAGCAAGUAG